AAGCACACACGCAUCUUCUCAGUGAUGGGCUGUACAGGAUGGAGAAUCCUUUGGCUGGCCUGCUUGGUGUCCACGUUUCUUCAACAUGAUGCGGUCCGGGUGACUGUGAGGGAGUCUAGUCUAGAAGUUGUACAGGGAGAUUCUGUCACCCUGCCUUGUUCGUUUUUCACCAUGAUGCCCUUGUUCAGACUCAGUAUUAUCUGGACUCUGACCCCCCUCUCGGACCCAAACUCUCCCAUACAGGUGAUUGUGUAUGAUCAAGGACAGGUGAUUGAAAACCCUUCGUUCAUGGGUAGGGUGGGCUUUGCAGGCAUGCCCUGGAGUGCGGACAUCAUCUUGAAUUACACACGGGUGUCUGACGCUGGAGUCUAUCGCUGUGUGGUCAGCAACCCACCUGAGACCGGAGACCCUGGCAUAGGAGAACUCAGCCUCACUGUUCUGGCACCCCCAUCUCUUCCUAUGUGCCUAUGGGAAGGGGAUACUGAUACUGGGGGCAAUGUGAGACUGUCGUGUGUGGUGGCCGAGGGCUUUCCCACUCCACAAGUGAUCUGGGAAAAGUUGGAACCAGACAAGAUGACUUUGCCAGUGAAUAUGGAUGGUGACAUGACAGGCUCUGUGCACAUUGCCAAUGUGUCCACGCAAUCCUCCGGUCUCUACCGCUGCUCAGUGACCAACUCGUUGGGAACCCAGCACUGCUACAUUAACCUGUCUGUGUACACACCUCCAGACAAUUCGCCAGGCAUCCUGCAGGGGGUGCUGCUGAGUCUAUCGAUGGCCCUGCUCCUGCUGGCUCUGAUGGUGCUGGUGCUGUGGCUCCACCGUUCGGCGCAGGAGAGCAAGUGGAGGAACAGCCACGAGGAAGACGACUGCUAUAAUGAGAUCAAAUACACACCCUCUCUCAUUAAACGCUCUUUUGUCUGA